AUGUUGCUCCGAAAAACUAUUUGCAAAACCAGAAAUUUCCUGCACAAAACCCUCAAAAACCUCGAGUCUCUUAUCAUUGGAGAGUACCAAAAGUUGCCAAAGACCCCUCCCUUCAACCCAUUCUCUUGCAGCAGGAGUAGCAGCCUGAAAAUUCAUCAGUUGGAUCAUGUCUAUGCAGACGUCUCAAGCCAAGGGGAGUCUGAUCAAGAUAUUGCAAGGACGAGAAAGAAGAAGAAGAAGAGGAUAAUGUCAUCAGAUGAGCCAAUGAAGGACGAAGAUUCUUGUAAUGAAAGCCACAUGAAAUCUGGGAAGCAGCCACUUGUGCAGAACAAGCAAAAGGAGAAAGGAGACAAAAAGAAAAGCAAAGGAAUAAGCACCAAGGAAGGAAAAAGGGGAGAGCCAAGUUGUAAGAAUGCAAAUGGAGGAGCAUAUGUCUUAGCACAGAAGAUGAAGGAACUGGAGAAGAUGGAUGGGGGUGAUCUGAAUCAUGGGUUGGACAUAGAAGAGGUGCUCCACUACUAUUCUCUACUUAAAAGUCCAGUCUACCUCGAUAUUGUUGACAACUUUUUCACGGACAUGUACUCAGAUUUCUUCCAUCCACGGACAUCUGGCAGCACUAGGCAUUCACAGCGAAAACUAGGUCCGGUGAAGUUGUAGGUGCAAUAGCCACCGCUCUUCCUUGUGAAUAUGGAAUGUUGUUGGUCUGUGUGUGUUUUUGUUUCUUUUCUUUUCAAUCUUUGUGUGUGUGAGCAUGCAUGUGCUUGUGUGCACAUGGACAAUGUUAUCGUGCAAAUAUGGCUUUGCUUUCAACUUCUUACAUCACUUGA